AACAUAUAAAAUCAUUACAGUUUAUUAAAAAUUCCCAGACAAUACAGUUCAACUUAGACGCAUACAUUUCGGUUUCAUAUUAAUGGACGUAUUACCAAAUGAUGAUGAAUUAUUGCUUAUGGAAUUGGAACGCAGAGAUGGUAUAUAUUCUUUUAUAUUUCAUGAACUAGAUGGCAAUAAAUUGCAAACGGAGGAACAACAGAAAAUUAAGGAAAAUAAUACAAAUUUAAUGUUUAACGAACAUCUUAUUAAAUGGGAGCUUAAAGGUGAAAUUACAACUAAGAAUACGCCAUUACUUUCAACAACCCUAAACUCUUCACAGCCGCAUGCUAAUACAGAUGAGUGUAUUAAAAAUUCAACAACAAUUUUCAACAACUCCUGGCAUCGUAUGCAAGCAACAAAAUCUCUAAAUUCUAACUUACCAUAUCAAGUGCAUUUCAGUGCGUCUGCGUAUCCAUCAUUUCAGCAAGUUUGUUCUUUGCGCUCUUUAAAUGUACGCAGAGCUAAAUCACCUUUUUCUCACAUUUACACGCCAUUGGUACGCAAUAGACGACAUGAACUUAAAGAAACUGCAGAGUAUAAGAAUUAUAUGGAUGGCAUUACUAAAAUAGCGGACUUAAGAGAUUUAUUUCCUUUGGAUCCCGAUGUUCAUGCACCUUUUGCAGAGGACAGUGAAAAUGUAAGGAAUUCCAAGUCAAGCAGAUUCAUGAUAAAGGGCUCUCAGUUUUUAAAAUGAAAAUUACAUUUUAUAUGUUUUGAAUAAAAUUGAUUUAAUGAUAUAAAAAUGUA